GAGCCUGGGCUCAGCCGUUUAACAAAAACUCAAAUAAUCAUAAAUAUAAGAUUAUCAUAAUUUAUCAGGAGUGGGACCACUCGGCACGUUUCCUGAACCAACGACCCGUAGCUGGGUGUUUAGCUCCUCCUGGCCAUGCAGAGGUAACAUGUCCCCAGGUGUAAGGAAGUUAUUUUUCACAAAUGGCGACGCCUUUCAGGAUUCUAUUGGCUCCCAGUGCUGUCAAUCUUGUCUUGGUUCGUAGCCCUCAAUUCUAUUGGCUCUGAAGUUUCCAAAGGGGUGUGGUUUUCUAAAACAGACCCAUCCUCUCGGAGCUCAAGCGCGGGAACAAGUCAAGGGCUAAGAAGAGCUUCUUCAUAACGUACGUGGACGAACAGGACGAACAGCCCCAGCUUUGUUUGCAGCCUUGUUUUUUGCGUUUAAAGGGAUUUUAGAAUCAUUUAGCCAACAAUGCCUUAGAAAUAUGUGAAGCCCCUCACUGCGGAGCAAAUCCUGGCCAAUAUGGAGGAUUCAUCUUCUGACGAAGAGGAUCUGCUCCAUCAGGAACACAUCAGUGACGACAGUGAUGAGGGUGAGGACGACCAGCAACUCCAUGCAUGUGUCCCAGGACCUUCAAGUCGAAAUGCACCAGGUCUUGUUCAGCCUCAGCCAGGGCCAUCGACACAGAUACCUCCUCCCCCCAAGGCACCACGACCUCCACAGCCAUCAAGGGCCCUCAGGAGCACCCGUCGGAAUGGACCAGGUCUUGCUCAGCCUCAGCCAGGCCCAUCGACACCUCCUCCCCACGGCACCAGGACGUGCUCGGCCAGGGCCAUCAACACCUCCUCCCCCUGCCACUAAGCGGAAGAAAAGAAGCUCCUCUUUGGGAACUUCAGCUGCAGAGGGCAGGUGGCAUUCCAAAGAGGAGGAGAGCACCAAACCUGCCCCUCUCCGGUUCAAACCGUUCAGGAAGCCGGGCCCCACAUUUGACACCACCACAGCGUGGUCUCCCCUCGGUCUCUUCCAGCUUUUCUUUUCGGCAUCUGUUGUAAAAACAGUCAUUGACAACACCAAUGCCAACGCUGAAAAAAGAAAGAACACUGGGUCGAAGUUUGAGUGGAAACGGCUCGAUAUAAAGGACUUCUACAUUUUUAUGAGCAUCAUCAUCGUCUCUGGCCUUGUGACGGUGCACAACUGGGCAGACUACUGGAGGAAAGAGUGGCCAGACAACUUUCACUACCCUGCUAACAGCAUGACCCGGCAGCGCUUUCAGGCAAUCUUGUUGUCCCUUCACAAAAGAGGACGAGGAGAACGAGAAGAAGAAGAACACCGACGAGUACGACCGGCUGUUCAAGCUAAAGCCCCUCUACACGCAGAUAGUGGACACCUGCAAAGCCAACUUUCAGCCGUUUCAGAACCUGUCCAUCAAUGAGCGAAUUGUUGCCAGCAAAGCACUCAUCAGCACGAAGGACAUGGGCUAUAAGCUGUUUGUGCUGGCUGACCCAUCCAACGGUUACACCUGGAACUUCUUCAUCCACUCGGGCAAAAGUGAGUCCACCACAGGCCACGAGCUGAGUUAUUCAGCCGUGAUGGACCUUUUGCCCUUUCGUCUCCUCGGCGCCGGGUAUUUCUUAUAUACUGACAAUUUUUACACGAGCCCAAUGCUCUUCUCAGAUCUGGCCAAACACAGCGUGCUCUGUUGUGGCAUGAUUAGAAAAAAUUGCAUUGGGUUCCCUCAAACAGAGGAAAAUGACCUGCCCAAAAAGGCUGUGAGGGGCGACAUGAGGUGGAUACAAAGUGGCAAACUGCUCUUUGUCAAAUGGAUGGACACAAAAGAGGUCACCAUGUGCUCCACCAUCCAUCAGGCCUACACAGGGCAGAUGGUGAGGAAAAAGGUGGAGACUGCCGGCGCGUGGGAAAUGAAGAACAUUCCAGUUCCGGACGGACUACAACCGCAGUAUGGGUGGGGUGGCUCGGUCCGAUACACUUAUCGGAACAUAUGGCGUACCACACAAGACAAUGAAGUGGUAUAAAACUUUUUUUUACCACUUCAUGGACAUCGCCGUUGUGAACAGUUACAUAUUGAACAAUGAACUGCUCAAGCUUAGGCGGGACCCCACCCAGACAAAGUCCAUGACCCACAAGGUCUUCAGGGAGGUGUUGGCACAGGAGAUGCUUGAGUUUAUUGGCGGCUCAGCAAACACCAUCAAUCCUCCACCGCUUGCUUGCCCCUGUACUAUAGUGAGGAUUCGAGGACCCGCCGGUAUUGUAAGAGGUGCCAGGAUAAAGGAAUCCUGAGGGUGAAGACAAUGGCAUACUGUGAGAAAUGUUUAGUUCCUCUCUGCAACAAUCGCAAAAGGAACUGCUUCUGGCUGUGGCACAAAGGUCAGUGAGGUGAUGGAGGGACCCCACCCAGCAAAAGAGAGCAUGACUAAAUAGUUUUUUACUGCGUUUUCACACUUUGUUUAAUAGUGUGUUGUUACAGUUUGUUUAUUAGUGUGUUUUUACACUUUGUUUAUUAGUUUGUUGUUAAAGUCUGAUAACAAAUAAAUCUGUUCAUUCAGUU